GUGAGUGAAGCUGAAAAAUAGAUUAUGGAGUAGAAUGGGGAUGUAAAGUUUAACUUGUAAUUUAUUGCUUGAAUUUAAAGCUAAGUAAUUUUGAUAAUUUCUUUUUUUUAAAUUGUGGUAUUUUGAUGAUAAUUUAAAUUAAAACAUGGCCGAAGAUGGAAGUUCUGGUCUUCUGGAAGAUUACAUAAACAAAGCCAAUAGUGAUUCGUCUGUUGAAAUUGUAUCACUAUCAGAACCACCUGAAGUUCGUUCGUCGGAGGAAAGUGUUGAACCAUCUGAAAAUAUUGGCAUAAGUUUAGACAAGCUAGCUGCAAAAUUAUUGAAAGAUAAUUUUAUAUUAACAGCACUUGAACUUCAUACAGAAUUAUUAGAAAGUGGACGGGAAUUACCCAGGUUGCGUGAUUAUUUUUCUAACCCAGGAAAUUUCGAAAAACAAUUGCAAGUCAACUCUGAAACAUCGCCAGUUUUACCGAGAACUUCAAGUGUGCAGACUUUUGACUCCUUAGACUUUGCACGUUAUUCUGAUGAUGGAGAGAGACAAGUUGAUGAAAGAGUUGCAAUUCUGGAGUUUGAACUGCGUAAAGCUAAAGAGACCAUCAAGGGACUUAGAGCCAACCUAACAGUUGCAACAGAAUCGGAUCCUAAUACUCCAGAAGGAAAUGGAGAAUUUCCAGUAACAGAUGAGCCUGUGAAACCUCAUGAGAAGAGAGCACUGAACUUUCUAGUUAAUGAAUAUUUGCUGAAGAAUAGCUACAAGUUAACAUCAAUAACAUUUUCAGAUGAGAAUGAAGAUCAGGAUUUUGAAGAUUGGGAUGAUGUUGGACUAAACAUUCCGAAACCUCCAGAACUUUUAUCUUUGUACAAAAACUAUUGUAAAUACAGUGGGUUAGGAAGAGAUGUGUGUAGCAGUGGGGUACAGACAGAAACUGAAGAAAAGUAUUUUUCAGAGAUUGGGCUAGAGGAAGAGUACGAGAAACUUAGAGAGCUGGUGAAGAGACUAAAUGAGGAAAAUGACCAUCUUAUGUUACAAGUUAAGAGUCUACAGAGAGAAGUAGAGUGCCACAACAAUUUGAAGUCAUCAACACCAUUGAUAACACCAGUUCAAACUCCAAAGAAAUUAAAUUGGAUAUCUCAGGUUUCUUGUGACAUGACCCAGUCUAUGGAAGAUAAUACCCAGAUGGAUGUAGUGUCUGUGCCUGAGGAUGAAACACCGGAUUCCACCAGGUUCCCUGUUGGCUCUGAUGUUCAUCAACAUGAAGCCACCUUGUCUUUAGAAGUAGGGGAACCUACAGAACUUCAGGAGCGACUUAAUGACCUCAAUGCUAGUGAAACCAUUGUAGUGAAUCCACGGGUGGAUGUGUCAAACAUUCGUGGCAUCAGAAAACUUUCUGAAUCAUUUUGUCGAGCCUUGAUGAGUAAUGCUUUAGGUCAUAAGAUAUCACAGGAGAACAGACUUAUCAAUGAAGUAGCUGAACUUGUGGAUUCAUGUGAGAAAGUUGUUUUAAUGUUGGGUCGCUGCCUUCCUCACAUUGUUCCAAAUGUCAUCCUGGCAAAGCGAGAGGAAUUAAUUCCCGUUAUACUCUGUACUAUUGGACUUCACCCUUCACCAAGAGACAGAGACAAACUUCUGAAUAUUCUAUUCAAUCUUAUCAAAAGGCCAGAUGAGGAACAGAGACAUAUGAUUCUUGCAGGCUUUGUUGCCAUUGCCAAACACUUAGGCCCGACAAGAGUUGAAUCAGAACUCUUGCCACAGUGCUGGGAACAACUUGCUCACAAAUACCCGGAACGAAGACUGUUAGUUGCCGAGUCCUGUGGUGUUCUUGCUUCUCAUGUUCCUCCAGAAAUUUGUAGUUCGCUACUGCUGUCAAUGCUACAGCAGAUGCUUUGUGACGACAAAGAGGAAGUCGUCCGCGAAGCGGCAGCACGAAGUCUGGCUGUACUGCUGGUUCAUAUAUCUGAUAGUGAUAAGUUUGUUCAGGUAACAGAACUAUUACUUCACACUAUGGAAGACAGUGGAUCUAGCGUGGUAGAAGUUUCGCUUUCUGUGCUCCUCCCAUCAGUUGCUGUGUGGGGUUUGGAACAGAGAAGACUAGAAAGUGACUUCAUACCAACACUGAUGAGAGGCCUUGAAGAACAACUAAAGGCUUUAUCACACAUGAGGAAUGAAGAAAGUCCUACACAAGUUGAAGAACAGCCUCUUAUGAGAGCAUUGCAUGCUUCACUGCCAUUUUUGUUUGUUUCUGUGGUGCAAAGUGGGCCCUUCACAGAAAAAAUAGAAGAAUAUUGUCAAAUGGGAGAUAAUGAAGUUGAUCGCUUGCCAGUUGCUUCCAGUCCACUCCUUGAUCCUCUGUUUAUUGCUGGAGACAAGGAGAAAUUUCUCCUCCAAGUCAAAGCCUUUGAUCAGUACAUUGGAGAAGAAUGGUUCAGAAGCUGGGACAGUUUUGAUUGGAUAGUAAAGUCUUUUCUUCCAAGCUUGAUGAAAUUGGUGUCCUUGGUUGAUUCACACUGCCAGAGUUCGGUACACUCCAUUGUUGAGACUAUGCAACAGUUGUGUCAUUUGUUUGGUAGAAACUUCACUCAGACAAAGGUUAAGCCAGUUUUCAGCAGUGUUCUCAACCUUUCUCAACAAGAUAUGGAGAAGAAUUUGCAACUAGGAAACUCUGCUCUCACUGAUGCUACUGUACCUGUCUUUGCAUGUGGUGUUUUGAAUGUCUUUCAUCAGGAUGAAGAUAGAAACGAACUCAUAACAUUUUUACGAGAAGUAAUAUGUACUCUGUCGAUCUGCCGUGCUCCUCUGAUCAGCAUCCAGGCUGCUGUUAUAGAAUUUUGCUCAAACACGAACUAUCAUGAUUUGCUCUUGUCAGUCUUGUGGGAUGGUGUUGUCCACACUUCAGCAUUAGUAAGAAGUGGAGCUGCAAGGCUAUUUGAAGUCCUUGCUGGAGCUGUUAAUGAACAAUUGCUGCGAUCACGUGUUAUUCCUGCCCUUAUCACACUUGCCAGUGAUCCCGAAAUUUCAGUCAGAGCAGCUUCAGUUCCUGCUUUUGGUUCAAUUCUUAUGGUGACUUCUCAGAAAGAUCUGUUAGACAAAGUUCAUCUCCAACUGCAGACUUUCUUAGAUGACCCAGUUUACAGAGACCAGCACGUGUUAGAGCUUGAACUGAUUCAUACCUUUGCUCGCGUAGGGCCCAAUAUAGAGCCAAGGUUCCGAGAUGACUUUGUUCUUCCAAGACUUGCAUCAUUAGCAGCGAAAAAUAACCAAAGCCCAAAUGAAACAAAAAGACAGACCAUAGCCUCAGCUUUACUGGAAGCGUACACUGCUCUUUCAUGCUGUUUCAUGAGUGACCAAAUGGUGUCUGAAGUCUUCCUUCCUGGCCUUCGCUGCUUAUGCUCUGAUCUUCGGCAAGUUGCACCACAGCAGGAAGAUGUUAUCAAUUCAAUGAUUCGUGAGUUUGAGGCUAGAAUUGAUAUGCCAAGAAUGGACGAAAGUAGUGCUGGACUAAGUAUUCCUGGGUCAUCAGUGACUGUCUCAGAAGUUAGAAACAAGGUGACGAAGAUUUUUGCCACAAGACCAUCAGCACCAAAAUCAAAUAUUUCUAAUCUAUUUCAUAGACACAAAUAGUGAGGAUUAGUUUUCUCUGUGCAAAAGUUCUCAGUAGUGAAGUCAGGUGGAUAUCAGGACCAAAUGCAACUUCUUAUCUUCAUCAGUUACAGGAUGGAAAGUGAAGGCAGCAUGCACAUUAGAUAGACGUUAAGCAUUGGGCAGUUCUUGUUUGGUGUUUUAAAGAAUGAAUUUGUCAAGAUAUUAAGUAUUUCUUAAUUAAUAAUAAGUAAAUUUGCUGAUUUAAACCCAUUCACAUAUUUUUAAUAAAUGCUUAGGUACAUUUGUAGCUCUUUUGUGUAAACACAAAAUUAACAUAAUAGAAACAGAUGUUUGAUUUUAUUGCAAUGUAAAGGAAAGUCAGUUUCUAUGUUUAAAAGAAGUAUUUUUUUUCACACCAGAAUGUCACAUUGGUUCAAUUUUGUGUCAUUUGAGAACAUGACCUCUAUACUUUGGGAGUUUGAAGGGUAAUCUAUAUAUUAUAAAAACUAUUAACUUCAUAAUAAUUUGUACUUAUAGCAAAACAAAACAAGGAUUUAAAAUCUGUGUAAUAUCAGUUUUUUUUAGUAUGUUUAGAGAUUUAAAUAUUUUAUAUAUAUGUAUUUCUUUUAAUAAAGUAUACGGGAAAAAAAGUUUUGUUGGCAGGUAAGUAAAAACAUUUUUUGUUUGACUUACUGAAGCAACAUAAAGAUGAGUUGACAUCCAUACUUGAAAGGAGAUGUUACUUUCGAUUUAUCAACUCUUUACUAUACUAAGUUGAUCUUGAUGAAUUCAUUGUACACCAUAAUUGUACAGAAGUUGUAGAUCCACAAAAAUUGAUGAAAAUGAACAUAUUGCCCUUCUGACUAGUCUCUUAUGAUAAAUGGAAACUGAGUAUUUAUGUUAUUUUGCCUUUAUAGUUUAAUUUCUAAAGUGUUGCUUAGGUAACUAUGUUAGUGAUUUAAUUUGUUAAUCAAAUCAAACAAGAAACCUAAAGGAUAGUAUGAGUACAGUGUGUGUAAUAAACAUUUUUCAUAGCUAUUAUUAGAUUUAUGAUGCCAUGCCAAAUAUAAAGCAUGUAGUAGAUGAGUAGUUUACAAUCUCACCAUUCAGUAAUGGUUAUACCAUCAAGGAAGCAAAUCUCAAUAUUAAACAAAUUACAGAGCCCAGUUUCUAUAUACUUCCUGACUGCACUAAGUAGUAGUUACAAUUUUAUCAUGUAAUCUAAAUCACAGUUUAAACCUAAAUUUUUAAACCUCACCACUGACAAGUUGUGAUUAUAUAAACUUUAAAUUAAAAUAUCCAGUCUGGUGUCAACUAUUUUUAUACAGUUAAAUGUGAUAAUCCAACUAGAUACUUUUCUUGAACCUGUUAAAAAUUAGGGAUAGUUGGAGAGGUUACCAGUUCUCUCAAAUAUAUGGUGAGUUACAAAAAACAUUCCAAUUUAGAAGUUAAGUGUAACGUGUACUUUGUGCAUUAACUGUAGCAUUAGUGCUAUUUAUUCUGCAUUAAGAUAUGGUAUGUGUGGGUUGUUUGUAAUUUUAGAGGUAAAAGAAAUAUGAAAUUAAUGAGCUGUUGUAUAAGUAGGAAAUGUUAUUUUAAAGUUUGUUUCUAUUGUUUCAACUUGCAAGAUCUUUACAUUUCAGGUGUAUAUAUAUAAACAUAUAGACACACACACACACAUAUAUACAUAUUUGAUACUUUGAAAAUAUAUUUGGGAUUAUGAACAGUUUUAAGAAUAACAUUAGUGUUUUUUGUGAAUUUUCAGAGUUAAAAAUUUCAAUAUUUCUAGUGGAACAUAGGAAUUUAAUUACUCUGUUCAGUGUCAUUAUUAUUAAUAAUGUAUUUAAGUUUUGUUUUCUGUAUGUGUUAAAAAUACCAGUUUAAAAAACUGAAUAGAACCCAGUUUUGUAUAAAGUAAUGGUUAUAUUAAAGUUGACAUUUUACAAUGUCAACA